AUGAAUGUCUCAGAUCCAGAUUCCAGCUUUGCUCAUGUAAGAGAAUUUAUACUCCAAGGCUUCUCUUGUGAAUGGAAGAUUCAAAUCUUUCUCUUCUCACUCUUCACUACAAUUUAUGCUCUCACCAUAACAGGGAAUGGAGCCAUUGUGUGUGCCCUAUUAUGUAACCAGACACUGCAUACUCCCAUGUACAUAUUCCUAGGAAACUUUUCUUUUUUAGAAAUCUGGUAUGUCUCUUCGACAGUCCCCAAAAUGUUGGUCAAUUUCCUCUCAGAGAGAAAGAUAAUCUCCUUUGCUGGAUGCUUCCUCCAAUUCUAUUUCUUUUUUUCUUUGGGUACAUCUGAAUGCUUUCUUUUAACUGUCAUGGCCUUUGAUCGGUACCUGGCUAUCUGCCGUCCUUUGCACUAUCCUAAAAUCAUGACUGGGAAUUUCUGUACCAAAUUGGUCAUUAUUUGCUGGAUUUGGGGGUUCCUAUGGUUCUUAAUCCCCAUUGUUAUGCUGUCUCAAAUGCCUUUCUGUGGUCCAAACAUCAUUGACCAUGUUGUAUGUGACCCAGGCCCACUUUUUGCAUUGGUGUGCUUUUCUGUUCCAAGAACUCAACUGCUUUGCUAUGUCCUAAGUUCAUCAGUUAUUUUUGGUAACUUUUUUUUCAUUCUUGGGUCCUAUUCACUUGUGUUAAUAGCUGUGUUGCGCAUGCCUUCAGCCACUGGGAGACAUAAAGCCUUCUCAACUUGUGGGUCUCAUUUGUCUGUAGUAUCCCUAUUCUAUGGUUCUCUGAUGGUUAUGUAUGUAAGCCCAGGAGUGGAACAUUCUGCUGUAAUGCAGAAAGUUGCAACCUUGUUAUAUGCUAUGGUAACUCCACUUUUCAAUCCCCUCAUCUAUAGCCUCCGGAAUAAGGAAAUUAAAGCUGCCCUAUGGAAAGCGCUAGAACGCACAAACAUUUAA